AUGGCCUCCGAUUCUUCAACUAAAUUUAUUGAAAAUGGUAAAAUUGCAGAGACAUCUAUAUGGUUUUAUUGUUUCAGAGCUCUACACAUGAAAGAACAUCCAGAUUAUAAGUAUCGUCCACGUCGAAAGCCAAAGCCGCUCAUGAAGAAAGAACCGAAGUUCGGUUUUUCCAUGUCCCCAUUAUUACCACCGACCAUGGAAAAUCAUAAUCUGCAACGAACCCUGAUGACUCCAAUAUCAACAUCAUCAGGUGUGACAUCCCUUUUGAAUCCUGACUCGGACCAUUUAAAAUUAUCGCGAAGUUUAUUUCCGCCUUUGCCAUACUUGUAUCAUCCUUUCCGGCAUCCGGAUGAAUCCAAAUUCGCAGCGGAACUGGCUCUGUUAUAUAGUAAUAACCCAUUGUACCCUCCGAAUAUUAAUUGGCAUAUAAACAAUAUUGCCAGUCAGAAUUUAAAUGGUUCAAACCCGUGCAACAUGUGUCCUCCGACAUUUUCGCGAAGAUCACCCAGUCCAGAGCAGCUAAAGCGACCAGUUUGCGUUAUAAUGAAAAACGAGGAGUUUCGAAAUGAGCCCGCACAUGUUAUAUGAAAACCACUUCCGGUUCUGCCGGAUCGGCUGAACCAUUGGUUUAGUGAUAUUGCCAGUUUGGCAACGAGUUCAAGUACUGUAUCUUCUACAGCUACUUCCGCUAUUAACUUGAUGGAGUAUAGAGAUAAUGGGGAUUCUGGGAGAGAUAGCAGUAGCCCCUGCAAUCAGUAAACUCAAAAGUUUGUAUUAAAUUUUUAAAUACAUAUAUCUCCAUUUUUCGAUCAAUUGAAACAUUGAUAACCAAUUCUAUGUUACAACCGUAAACAGCCAAAAUAGCAGAUUUCUUUCUUAAGUUUGCGUAGGGGUGAUACAAACUUGAUAAUCAACGCAAACAAUUCCAAUGAUGAUGAUUUCAUCUAAUUUAAUUGAAAAUGUUGUGCUCUCUAAACCUACAUGGUUUUGCCAAAAUAUAUCUUGCGCCAGAAAAUCCUAAAUAUCUUUAAACAAUCUUCAUAUAUUGACAAAAACAUCCACAAAUCUUCAUUGUUGAACAUUUCUCAAUUGAUCAAGAAACUGAAAUAACUCUCUCUGAGUUAUUUCUCUGUUGUACUCUGUAAUCUAUGUACUGAGGUACUCGAGACCCGAGUAACAACUCUGUUCUGAGUGUCUAAUACAUAAGCAUCUUUAAUACUUCUAUCUGGUUAAAAAUCAAUUUCCCAACUUUUACAAUUAAAGUUCAUUGGUAGAACUUAUUAUGAAACAUGUAAAUAUUGUUAAUUACGCUAAGUUAAUGAUAAAAAUUUUGGUUAUUUAUAUUAAAUCAAUCAAAGGCUAUAUACUAAAGAAUUAGUGCAAUUAUCUGUUGAUUUUGAUUCGUUUUAGAACCGCAAUUUUUGUAAAAACGUUUUUGUUUACUUCCUAAAAACAUAUUUGUUAAUAAAUAUAUUCAGUUCAAA